GAACUUCGAAUCGAAUCCGAGCCAGCGAUCUCGCCUCUCCGUUGCACCCCCCUGUUCGCAAGCCAUUCUCUCUUUUCGAACCGCUCGUUUUCCCCCCCGUCGCUUUCCGAAACUCCAUCACCACCACCACCACCACCACCACCACCAACGCCGUCGUCGUCCCCGUCAUUAUCGUCCCCACGAAAAGUGUCGCCAACUUCCACGGGGCGACGAGGUGGGCGGUCGGGCCUGGCCCUCGACGCUCGAUCUUCCUUCGUCUUCACUUCACGGGUCAUUUCUUCCACUGGACUUGCUUUGUCUCUCGCACUUACUGCGGCAAACUGUUGCUAGGAUUGGGACUCCCCGCUUUUGUCGCGUACUGUAAAGCGGGGACAAAGGAAGCGACGGGCGCACAUAUCUUCUCCCACUUUCUUCCAUUCAUAUUAGGCUGGUGCGCACGUUGAGGGCCACUCGCUUUGCAACAUCAAUGGCUUGGGUCUGGAGCCGCGUGGGUUCUCUCUUGCCCUUUCACUACCUCCAUGUCAUCUUUCAGAAGGGAAGAAUGAAUGAGGUGGAGCUCGGUAGGCAUACUAUAAAGUCGCAUGGAGCGGCGCUUGCGAAGAAUCAUAUGCACGACUGGCUUAUAUUGCUGUUGCUCAUAGUCAUAGAGAUCCUCCUUUUCAUCAUCCAUCCGUUUUACCGCUUUGUGGGGAAAGAAAUGAUGACGGAUCUUAAAUAUCCAAUGAAAAGAAGCACGGUGCCUCUCUGGGCCGUUCCGGUGUAUGCUGUUCUGUUACCAAUUUUCGUCUUCCUUCUUGUCUACAUGCGUAGGAGGGAUGUUUAUGAUCUGCACCAUGGAAUUCUAGGGCUUUUGUAUUCCGUGCUAAUCACUGGGGUGAUGACAGAUGCAAUAAAGGAUGCGACUGGUCGGCCUCGACCAGACUUCUUUUGGCGUUGCUUUCCAAAUGGAACCGAAAUUUACGACAACUUGGGAAAUGUUGUGUGUCAUGGCAAUGAAUUGAUUAUAAGGGAAGGGUACAAGAGUUUCCCAAGUGGCCAUGCCUCCUGGUCCUUUGCUGGCUUAGGUUUUCUGUCGCUGUACUUAUGUGGCAAAAUUAGAGCGUUUGAUCGGAAAGGGCACAUAGCCAAGUUGUGCAUCAUUUUUCUUCCUCUGCUACUUGCGUCUCUUGUCGCGAUCUCACGAGUGGAUGACUAUUGGCACCACUGGCAAGAUGUUUUUGCGGCAGGUUUUUUAGGGCUCAUUGUAGCGACUUUCUGUUAUCAUCAAUUUUUUCCUCCACCAUAUGAUGACGAAGGAUGGGGCCCUUAUGCAUAUUUCCGAGCGUUGGAAGAUAUGCAUAGCAACUCAAACUCGGCCCAUCCCCUGAAUGGGAUCUCUGCACAGGCGAUGGAUGCUCAUGCCAUGAAUCUCCAGGGAAGACCCUAUGAAAGCCCGGUGUUUUUGCCUGAGGCUCGGGGGGAAAGAUCACCAUUUGAUGAUGUUGAAUUCGGGAGGAGAUGAUUUUGCAGGCGGGUUAAUGCAUCUGUACGUGUGGGUUGUGUAUAUAUGUUUCUAAAUGGAGAGAUCUUUGUGUGGUCAGAUUUAGCUAAAUCACAGAUGAUAGGUUAUAUGUUAACUGUGUACUUUAAGGAGCUGAGUCUGUGGGAGAUAGGGUAAAUCUCUGGAUGUCAUAUGCGUCAUAUGCCAAAGUUAUGGCUGCUUUAGAGAACCAUCCCAACCAAUUUCAAUGUAUUGUGGCUUUGAAACUUGUGUUGCCAAAUGCUCGUGCUAAACCA